UUUCAAUUUUAGAGAAUUCAAAUUUGCUCAAACUGUAAUAUUUGCUAUAAAUGAGAUCAACAAAAAUCCUGAUAUGCUUCCUGGUGUUAAACUUGGCUACAAGAUCUAUGGUAACUGUGGAACUAUGGACAUACUGAGAGCUGCACUGGCACUGGUGAGUGGACUAGAGAGAGAAGUGCAUGAGGACAAUUGCACUAAAACUGAGUCAGUGCAAGCUAUCUUGGGACAUUCAGGAUCAAGACCAACUAUUGCGUUUGCACAAGUUGUUGGAAGGUUUCAUGUACCAGUGCUCAGCCAUUUUGCCACCUGUGCCUGUCUGAGCAACAGAAAAGAGUAUCCCACUUUUUUCAGAACUAUUCCCAGCGACUACUACCAGAGCAGAGCACUGGCAAAGCUGGUCAAGCACUUUGGUUGGACCUGGAUUGGGGCUCUAGCUGUGAAUAAUAAAUAUGGCCUCGGUGGCAUAUCUGCAUUUAUCCAAGCUGCACAAGAAUAUGGAGUUUGUGUUGAGUAUUCUGAAGCAUUUUCAUCAUCAGAUCCACCUGGUAUCCUGCAGGGAAUAAUCAAGAUCAUUAAGCAUGCCACUGCCAAAGUGAUUAUGGCUUUUAUGUCUCACAGAGAAAUUAAAUUGCUUGCAAAAGAGUUGUACAGACAGAACAUUACAGGACUGCAGUUUGUUGGCAGCGACGCCUGGAUCACAGAUCAUUCACUGACUGACGGUGAGGGACACAGCAUCCUUGUUGGCUCGCUAGGCUUCACUGUCAGCAAAGCUCAGAUCCCCGGGCUGGAGGAGCACCUGAGGCAGCUCCACCCCUCACAGUUUCCUGACAGCGGGUUUGUCAGAGAUUUCUGGGAAGAUGUGUUUGACUGCACUCUGAAUGACACUGUGAUCACACAAAGAAAGCCAUGCAGUGGUGCUGAGAGCUUGCAGAAUGUUGACUCACAGUUCACUGAUGUGUCUGAGCUGAGAUUCACCAAUAAUGUGUACAAGUCAGUUUACGCAGUGGCUCAUGCUCUUGACAAUCUGAUAAAAUGCAAGGAAGGUAAAUGGCCCUUUUCAAAUGAGAGUUGUGUCAGCACCAGAAACAUUCACCCAAGACAGGUCUUGCAAUAUCUCAGCACUGUGAAUUUCACUACCAAGGCAGGGGAAAGGGUUUAUUUUGACAGUAACGGAGACUCACCAGCAAGAUAUGAACUUGUCAAUAUACAAAUGACAAGCAAAGGAACCAUGGAAGGAGUAACAGUUGGCAUUUAUGAUGCUUCUCUUCCAGAAAGUCAUCAGUUUAUUACCAAUAACAUCUCAGUUGUCUGGGGAAAUGGGCUGAUUGAGGUCCCUCUGUCAGUUUGCAGCAAGAGCUGUCUCCCAGGAACUCGUAAGGUCCUCCAGAAAGGAAAGCCAGUCUGCUGCUAUAACUGCAUACCCUGUGCAGCAGGCGAAAUCAGUAAUUUAACAG